GUAUCUGCCCUGCAGCCAGAACCUGCAACUUCCCAGCACAUGUGCAGAGCUGUGGAGGUGACUGCCCAUAGUAGGGACCCCACAAUUCAGUGCAGGCGGGUGGGAUGACGGAGUGAUGGUGACUCCACGGAGGGCUUGAGAGGGAAGGACCAGACCUCAGUCUCUUUCACAUGGAAGAGGCCAGCUCUGAAAGAACGAGGUGUAUUUGCUGCUACAUCCUAGCCCUCAGUGAGAUGGGGACAGAUCAGGUGCACAUGGAUGGGAGUCGAAGAGGCCUGGUUACUAUUGGAAGUGUCUGCAAAGAGCCUAGUGCCAGCCCUGGUCCCAGCUGUAGCACCACAAGAACCAGGUUCCUGAGCAGGGCAGUUCCUCUUCUUGUUGCACUGCUGAUGUGACAACCCCGUGACAGGAAGAACUCAGAUUCCAAAGCCACACCCUGUAUGUCUGUCCUGCAGAGCAAUGUGGUCUCAUCCAUCUGCACAGCUACAGCCAUGGGUGUAGACGGCAUGACCCUCACCCUCAUAGCCUUGUUCUGCCUUGGGUUGAAUGUGAAACCAAAGACCCAAGUACAGGCAGGGACCCUCCCCAAACCCACCCUCUCAGCUGAGCCAGGCUCUGUGGUCACCCAAAGAAGCUCUGUCACCAUUUUGUGUGAGGGGACCCUGGAGGCCAAGGAGUACCGUCUGUAUAAAGAGGGACACCCAGAACCCCAGAGGAGACAACCCUGGCCUCAGACCAGGAACAAGGCUACAUUCUCCAUCCAAUCCAUUAUACAGCAAGAUGCAGGGCGAUAUUACUGUUAUUAUCAAACCCAAGCUGGAUGGUCAGAGCAGAGUGAUGCCCUAGAGCUGGUGGUAACAGGAGCCUACUACAAACCCAGCCUCUCAGCCCUGCUCAGCCCUGUGGUGACCCCAGGAGGGACUGUGACUCUCCAGUGUGCCUCAAAGCAGGGAUAUUACAGGUUCAUUCUGACUAAGGAAGGAGAACACAUGCUCUCCUGGACUCAGAACUCACAGAGUGGGCAGUCCCAGGCCCUGUUCCUUGUGGGUCCAGUGAAUCCAAGCCAGAGGUGGGCAUUCAGAUGCUAUGGUUGUCACAGGAACAACCCCUAUUUGUGCUCAAACCCCAGUAACCUCCUGGAUCUCCAGGUCUCAGGGACCCUCCCCAAGCCCACUCUCUCAGCUGAGCCAGGCUCUGUGGUUACCCAAAGAAGCUCUGUGACCAUUUUGUGUAAGGGGACCCUGGAAGCCAAGGAGUACCGUCUGUAUAAAGAGGGACGCUCAGAGCCCUGGAAGAGACAGACCUCAAUGGAGCCUAGGAACAAGACCAAGUUCUUCAUCCAAUCCAUGUUACAGUAUGAUGCAGGGCGAUAUUAUUGUUAUUAUCAAACCCAAGCUGGAUGGUCAGAGCAGAGUGAUGCCCUAGAACUGGUGGUAACAGGAGUCUACAGCAAACCCAGUCUCUCAGCCAUGCCCAGCCCUGUGGUGGCCUCAGCGGGGAAUGUAACCCUCCAAUGUGCCUCACAGCAGGCAUAUGCCAGGUUCAUUCUGACUAAGGAAGGGGAACCCAAGCUCUCCUGGACCCUGGACUCACAGCAACACUCCAAUGGGCAGUUCCAGGCCCUGUUCCCUAUGGGGCCUGUGACCCCCAGCCAUAGCAGGUUCAGAUGCUAUGGUUAUUACAGCAGGAACCCCCAGGUGUGGUCAGGACUUAGUGACCCCCUACAGCUACAGAUCUCAGGGGUCUCCAAGAAACCAUUCCUCUUGACCCAGCAGGGCCAUGUCCUGGACCCUGGAGUUACCCUGACCCUCCAGUGUCGCUCUGACAUCGGCUAUGACAGAUUUGCUCUGUCCAAGGAGGGAGAACAUGACCUCCCUCAGCGUCAUGGCCAGCAGUCCCAGGCUGGACUCUCUCAGGCUGACUUUCUCCUGGGCCCUGUGAACAGCUCACAUGGGGGCCAGUACAGAUGCUAUGGUGCACACAACCUCUCCUCUGAGUGGUCGGCUCCCAGUGACCCCCUGGACAUCCUGAUCACAGGACAGCUACCUUACAGACCCUCCCUCUCGGUGCAGCCGAGUCCCACAGUAUCCUCAGGAGAAAAUGUGAUCAUGCUGUGUCAGUCAUGGAGCCCAAUGGACACUUUCCUUCUGUCCAAGGAUGGGGCAGCCAAUCCCCCCCUGCGUCUCAGAUCAAAGUCCCGAGCUCAGCAGCACCAGGCAGAAUUCUCCAUGACUGCUGUGACCUCAGCCAUCGGGGGAACCUUCAGGUGCUAUGGGUCUCAAAACUCAUCCCCCUACCUAUUGUCAGAGCCCAGUGACCCUCUGGAGCUUAUGGUUUCUGGACUGGAGAGCUACCAGAAGGUUCUGAUCGGGGUCUCAGUGGCCUUCCUCCUGCUACUGCUCUUCCUCUUCUACCUCCUCCAACACUGGCCUAGGGGCAAAGGCAGGGCGUCAGCCCAGAGAGAGGCCAACGUCCAAUGUCCUGCAGGGGCUGAGGAGGUAGCAUCUAGGGACAGAGGUCUACAGAAGAGCUCCAGCCCAGCUGCUGCUGUCCAGGAAGAAAACCUCUAUGAUGCUGUGAAGGACACACAGCCUGAGGACAGGGUGGAGAUGGACAUUCAGGCUGCAUCUGAGGAUCCUCAGGAUGUAAUCUAUGCCCAGCUGUGCAACAUGACACUCAGACAGGGGAGAACUGCAAGUCCUUCCUCCCAGGGAGGGGUGCUCCCAGCAGAGCCCAGUGUGUAUGCUGCUCUGGCGACCACCAGCCUAAUAGCUGUCCCCAAGAACACUAACUAAUGGCCCCCAGCCAAGCAGGACCCCCUUACAGAGAGCUGCAGGAGAUUCUGGGAACUUUGGGGACAUGCCUGACUGCACUCAGAGAUAACUAACAUCCCAGGUUUUGGAAAUAAAGCAGGAUAUUUCUCAUUUAUCAAUGAAUGAAAUGAGGAACAAGACAGAAGGGAGAGGAGGUCUGAAUUGAAUGACAAUGCUAGUGAUAAUAUUACACAUCAGGUUUUUCUCACCCUGGAAAUGACCUGCUUUCAUUCUAAGUGUAUUGUUUUCCUAAUAAACUUUACUAUGACUUU